CAAGACCAACGGUACUCCGAAUGCGGCAAUGAGGAAUAAAUAAAAAAUGUAUAAAUAAAUACAAAUAAGAUAAUAUUUGUCAUUUGUCUUCUCUAAUGAUUUAGCGGAGCUUCAUACCACCUUGUACAUUAUAUCAGAUGAAUUGUAGUUGUCCAGCAUGAACUCUGUAGCAUCUCGCCCAAUCAAGGACUAUGGUAGACUCAGCGACUCAAACAUAUCUAUUAGUUGUCGUGUAUUCGAGCCAUCUUCAAGUAGUAAUGCUAAGCACCGGACAACAGUGUUGGAAUGGUUAAAUGAUACGCUUCCUGGUUUGAGUUUGCCUGUAAAUGCUUCAGAUGAGGAACUUCGAGCAUUCUUAGUUGAUGGUAGUGUUUUGUGCCAACUACUGAACAAGUUGGAACCUGGUUCUGUGAUAGAGGAUGAUGGAUCUGGCCAUUCAUGGGAAUCGUGCUCACAAGAUGUUAGGAGAUUCUUAUUUGCCAUGGAUAAAAUGAGAUUACCUAGAUUUCGUCCAUCAGACUUAGAAUAUGGGUCUAUGAAAAUUAUUGUUGACUGCCUUUUAACACUUAAAACACAUUUUGUGCCAAGUGUUGGAGAAUACAAAAAUUUGAAUAUGCAUACAUCCAAUCUAUCUGGAAAUGCUUCGAAUAUAAGAUGGAAGGGGUUGGGUGAACAUAUUGGAUAUGAUGUUUCUCCUCCUCAAAGACAAGAAUCUCGUCAAUCUAAUUCUUCACAAUCUUCUAGGCGUGCAUCGCAUAGUCCUGUGGUGGCUGAUCCAUCUUCUGCAUUGUUGCAUCAAGUUGGGAAUACAUUCAAAGAAGUGUUUCAGGUUAAGCACGGAAGUUAUGUCGAUCGGCUACCAUCAAAUAUUUCAGAAUUGAAGAGAUCAAACAGUUUGAAUAAUGCUCCGACACACUCUCUUUUAAGCUUCGUGAAUGGAAUUAUAGAUGAAAGCAUUGAACGGAAAAAUGGAGUACCAGAACGUGUAGCCUUGUUGUUCAGAAAAGUGGUGCAAGAGACAGAAAUGCGGAUAUCUACACAAGCUGAACACUUGAGAAUGCAAAGUGAUAUGUUCAAAGCCCGUGAAGAGAAGUACCUAUCAAGAAUUAGAGAUCUGGAAGCCCUUGCAACAGGCGCCGAUGAAGUGACAAAGGAACUAAGUGAGAAGAAAAGGACGGAGGAGAAAAUGAGAACUACAGAACAUGAUGGUGCUUUAUUGAAGGUAAAUGAUAUCAUCACUCAAGAAGAUAUUGGAGCUUCAAGGCUAGAACUUGAAGGAGCUCAAAGAAGUGAUGGGCAUAACUCAGAUGUGAGAAAAAAUGAAUGUGCAGUGGUUAGAUCGGUGAAGAGAAACAAUGGUAACUUGCAAAGGAUUGCAACUUUAGAGAAAGAACCACCAGAAGCUUAUGAAGAGGCCCACAAAUUUAUUAAGCCUGAAAAUAAUGACGUGUCUGAAUUGAUUAAGGGGAAUGAUGAUGAUACUCAUGAAGAGAUUGCAGGUCUAAAAAAAGAACCAGAAGUUCAUCCAGAAGCUUAUAAAAUACAAAGUGAUGUGGCUUCGUUGAUGAAGGGAAAUGAUGCAGCAAAUCAAAACAUUGCAGCUUUGAAGCAAGAACUUGAAGAAAAUAAAAAAGCCUCUAAGCACUGCUCACAAAACAAUUCUAAAGAUGAUAUCACCAAAUUGGUGAAAGAAAAGGAAGAUUCUAACAAAAUGAUUGCAAUUUUGAAGUUAGAGCUUGAAACGGCUCGAGAAACUUAUGAACAACAUAUCAAACAAAUGAAAACUAAUGAGCACAACAUGGUUAGAUUGAUGAAGGAAAAAGAUGAUGCUUAUCAUGAAGUUGCAGUUCUAAAGCAAGAACUUGAAGCAACUAGAAAAGCAGUUGAACAACCCAACCCACAAAUGGGUAAAAGUGAGAACGAUUUGGUUAGAUUGAUUAAAGAAAAAGAUGAUGCCAUUCAAGAGAUUGCCUCUCUAAAGAAAGAGCUUGAACGUGUUAAAAAAUCAUAUGAAGAACACUGCUUGCAGAUGAAAACAGAAGAACGGGAUGUGGUAAAGUUGAUGAAGGAAAAGAAUGAUUCAAAUCAAGAAGUCGAUAGAUUGAAAAAAGAAUUUGACGAGACUAAAAGAACUUAUGAGCAACAGUGCUUACAAAUGAAGACAGAAACCACUGGAGCUCAACAUGAUCUAGAAAAAAGGUUAAAGCAAAUUACAAGCCUUGAGGAAAGAUUGAAGAAAGUUACUGAACAUUUUUCAGAAUCACAAAAAAGAGUGGAGGAACUUGAAAAAAUUUCAGAAGAAAAGUCUCAUAAGUGGAGUAAAAUACAACAUAUCUACCAGAUAUUCACCGAAUUCCAGCUUGGAGCACUACGUGAACUCAAGUUUUCUUCCCAAUCAGUAAAGUCAGAAGUUGUUAAAACACAGAAGACUUAUUCAGAUGAAUUCAAUCAGUUAGGCGUGAAAGUGAGGUCAUUAGAAGACGCAGCUGCAAAUUACUCUGUAAUUCUUGCUGAAAACAGGAAGUUACACAAUGAGGUCCAAGAGUUAAAAGGAAAUAUUAGAGUAUAUUGUCGUAUUAGGCCGUUUCUUCCUGGACAAAAGGACAAGCAGACAAUUGUUGAAUAUAUUGGUGACAAUGGUGAGCUAAUUAUUGUGAAUCCUUCAAAACAAGGAAAAGAGGGUCGCCGCUCAUUCAAGUUCAAUACUGUAUAUGGUCAAUCUGCAACACAAGCACAAGUAUAUGCAGAUAUACAGCCAUUGGUACAGUCAGUCUUGGAUGGAUACAAUGCAUGUAUAUUUGCAUAUGGUCAAACAGGAUCAGGGAAAACAUACACUAUGACUGGUCCUGAUGGAGCUACAGAAGACCAAUGGGGAGUCAACUAUCGUGCUUUAAAUGAUCUCUUCCGAAUUUCACAAGAUAGAGGGAGUGCUUUCUCAUAUGAAAUAACUGUGCAAAUGGUGGAAAUAUAUAAUGAACAAGUUCGUGACUUACUAUCUAAUGAUAGCUCUCAGAAAAGACUUGGGGUUUUGACAACCUCCCAACCCAAUGGGUUAGCUGUCCCAGAUGCUAGCAUGUUUCCAGUCAACCAGCCCUCUGACGUGUUGGACCUAAUGAAUAUUGGAUUAAAGACCAGAGCCAAAAGCUCAACUUCGAUGAACGAAAGAAGCAGCCGUUCACACAGCAUUUUAACCAUUCAUAUACGAGGGACGGAUAAGAAGAGUGGGUCAUCCAUGCGAAGCAGCCUUCAUUUAGUAGAUCUUGCUGGAAGUGAAAGGGUAGACCGAUCAGAGGUCAGUGGAGAUAGACUAAAGGAGGCACAACAUAUAAACAAGUCAUUAGCUGCCCUUGGAGAUGUCAUUUCUGCUUUGGCAACAAAGAGUCCUCAUAUCCCAUAUCGAAAUAGCAAGCUUACUCAAGUUCUACAGAGCUCCCUAGGUGGCCAAGCAAAGACCCUUAUGUUUGUGCAAUUGAAUCCUGAUGGUGUUUCAUAUUCUGAAUCCCUGAGCACAUUAAAAUUUGCUGAAAGGGCAUCUGGGGUUGAGCUUGGAGCUGCCAAGAGCAGCAAAGAGGGUAAGGAUGUCAGAGAAUUGAUGGAGCAGGUUACAACUCUUAAGGGCACACUAGCAGCAAAAGAUGAUGAGAUUACGAAAUUGAAGCUAAUCAAAGAUCCCCAAAAGGUGAAGGGUUAAGUGCACCGUGUUCCUUGAUAAUUAAAGGCUUGGGAUGUUCUGCCAGAAGAUAGCUGGAAAGUAGCGUUAACACUUAGUUAUAUUAUUCAAUUGAUUUAUUUUUUCCUUUUUGGAUUUCCUCGUGCAGCUUGUUUAAACCAUUCUUCUGCCAGGAAAUCCUCUCAUUUUUAACCUAUUUGUCCCCCCCUGCCGAUUAGAUAUUCAGGUGUAUAGUUUUCAGUCCUGGACCACCGGCUAAUAGGACAUAGUUUUCAGAUAGAAUGUUCAUAGUAUGUUUUCGUGAGGGGUUAAUGACACACUUUGUAGUUUAAAACUUGUAUAGGACCGGACUAUGGAUAUAUGUAAAUAAUAGUUGAAACUUAAAGAGUUUCGACUCAAUAAGCAACUCAAAUUGCA